AUUUGUUUUUCUAUUACUCCAAAUGUUGACUCUAACCGUGUUUGUUUUCCUUCAAAAUAGACGGGGUUCAUUGUGCCGGACACCUUCAAACAUGAUUGUCUCAUCCUAGCUGGGAAGUUAAUGAAAGACUUCAAGAAUAGGAUGACAAAAGACAUCAUAAUGCCCGCGUUGAAAGAGAAUGAUCUGGGACGACUGGCACAAGUCCCUGAAAAGCACCCGGAGAUCGACGCUGCUGAUUGGUGCAAAUUUGUUGAAAGUCGACUAACUCCUGAAUUUCUGGAAUUGAGUAAGGUGCAACGUGAACGUUCCUCAAAAAUUCAAUCCAGACAUCGAAGUGGUCGGAGUGGAAUGGUGAACGUACGGGAAGCUGUGAAAAAGGACCUCGAAGUUGCAGAUCCUCCCCGCCACCGUGUUUGGAUUAAAUCUCGCACCAAGAGUAGAAAACUUGUCACUGAUUACGACAAGGAAAUUGCCGAGAAGAUAGUAAGUAUAUAUUAAUCAUUAAUUGAGUUCUACUCAUGAGUUAGUGUAUAUAAUUCAUAUACUAAUUGCUUGAAUAUAUGCGUGCAUUAGGCUCAAUUAGAGGAGAAGCUUAGUCAGGGAAAAAUUCAGGUCCAGGGCCAAAACGAUAUCCUCACGCAGGCGCU